GCUAACGCAACCCACGAAACCAGUGACUAGCCAUGAGGUGGGGGCUUAGAGCUAGUAGGCAACAGCCAAGAGAAGUCCAGCACCCGCGACGAGAGCAGGAGCAGCAAGAGAGCAGGGGGAAGAGCAAGGCGGUCUUCUCGUCCUUCUCGCCGCUCGCGUGGCUCUCGAAGCUCACUGCCAAGAACAGUGCGGCGGCUGCUAAGCCCGAGCACGCCACGCCCGGGGCGGCCAAGAGUACUCCUCAGGCCGCCGCAGCCUUGCCUUCCCGCUCCCACAGGCGCGGGAGCCCGAGCACCGCGUCGCAGAGCAGCACGGCCGAUUCCUCACCCCCUGCCACGGCAGCUGGCACCGCCCCGCGCCGCGACGACACCGAGGCCACGGCAUCUGACAUAGCGCCGCGCCGCCGCUCCGUGGGCAACGACGACACCGAGUCCGAGGCCGCGGCGGCGCGGCAUAUGUACCACCGUCGCCAUUACUCGGUCGGUGGAGACCGGGACCUCCCGCCGCUCGGCCACCUCGUCUCAUUCUCCCGCUCUGCUUCCCCGAAGCCGCCACCUACACCGGCGCCGGUGCGGACGCUGACACCGAUGCUGCCGCCGCUGCCGUCCGACACGGACGAGGAGAAGCGGCCGCGGAGCCGCCGACGCCGGCACCGCCGCGUCAGCGGGCGGAGAUCGUUCUCCGGGAAGGCUCCGGGCGCGCGCGUGGCUGCGGCGGUAGUGCGCGUGCGGUCCCCUCGGCCUGGCGCCGCGGCGGCGGUGUCGGAGCUGGAGCGGUUCGCGGUGGUGCGGCGGACGAGGGACCCGCAGCGUGAGUUCCGGGCGUCGAUGGUAGAGAUGAUCGCGAGCAAGCGCAUGGUGGGGCGGCCGGAUGAGCUGGAGACGCUGCUGGCGUGCUACCUCUCGCUCAACGCCGACGAGCACCACGACUGCAUCGUCAAGGUCUUCCGCCAGGUCUGGUUCGAGCUUAACAACCCCGCCCGGGCCGCCGCCGCGCGGCUAGCUAGCUGAGCUCAGCCACCAACCUCUCACGCCCUUGCGAUCAGCAGCAUCUCUGUACCGGCAGCCUGCGGUGGUGCAUUGCCGUGUCUGGAGCCGACGUGGAUGCUGAUUUCCAUGCGGUUUUUUAAGCGUACGUGCCGACGUUUUUUAAGCUGUGGGACCUGGAAUGGAGUGCGCUCGCUUUGGAGGCGCUUUGUUGUUUGCAGCUUUGCGCGCGCUGGACAACGAAAAUUGUUGUACGCAGUACAAGUAUUCUUCCUCGAGUGUCGUGUUUCCUAAUGUAGCUCAGCCUCAGGGCUCAGAGAAAUGGAACGGGAGAAGAUACGGCAAGUUGUGUUCGUGUACUUGCAAUUCAUAUGCUCGAGUCCCCUGCCUAGGCCGUUUAUGUGGCAUGCAAAAGAUUCCAAGGUCUCCAGUUUCUAGAGUUCAAAUGGAUGCCGGUU